CUGGGUAAGGUAUGCCCUUCCUAUGUCGAUAAAUACUCGACUGACGGUAAAUGGAGAACGUUUCGUUGAAUUUCGGUGCACGGUUGUACGAUGGAGUCCUCUCGAGGCUGAAACGGUCCGAUGACAGCUAGUUCGUUCGAUGUUCGUUUCGAAUUGAAAGCCGUGCAUACACGGACUCGGUACUAUUGCAUCGCAGCGGUAGUCGCAGUGGUCGCAGUUUACGCACCCCGAAUGGCACGAUCGUUGCCGGUCUGCUGACCACCGAACCCGUACGUACACGUCAAAUUUCACGUUUCAUCACUGCCAACCCCGUCGUGGUCGUACAUCGUUUCCGCUUUUGGAUUCGACCAUCGAACGCGAAACCUACCGUUUCGCUUUCCUGUCGCUUAGACGCAACAGUGACAACGUUCGAUUAACAUUCACGAGUGUCAAGAGUUGUACAUAUGUCGGCGAGCGUAGGAACAUACGUGCGUAUUUACGGUGAAAGUACGUAUCACGGCGAGAACCAUGACGGCGCGUCGUGUCAUUUAGAAGUGCGCCCACGUUCGCCGUCCGAGAUCGAUAAACGGUAGAGAGUGUUACUAGAAACGAGCAUUCGCUUGCGCACCGGGAACGAACUGUUUUGUGACUCUUUAGAAAAAGAAAACAAUGGCCGUGACGAAAGCAACGGCGGAACGUUAACGAUACGCGAGGAGAACGGCGGCGGUGGCGACGGUGGUACGGUCGACGACGGUAAAGAACGUCGGUACCGGUGUUGGUGACAGUGAUAGCGUCGACGAUAUCUCUUCGAUCCUCGUUUCUUAACGAUGUUCUCGGUGUGACAAAACCCGUGAAUGCUCCUGUGCGUGCAACAUUUGAUUGCUUCUUCCCAGCGGGAUCGACGCGUCGCAACGUCGACUUUUUUUUAUUCGUGCGAUUAUUGACGUUCCUGACGGAUAACGGCCGCUAAAAGGAUACGUAUCGAUUCGCGCGAGAUGGGUUAUCCGAAGUUUCCCUUUUCGCCGUCUACGUCGAAAGGAGCGUAUCGAUCUUUCCGUCUCGAAAGCACCGAUAGUUUCCGUCGAUGUUAAUUCUCGCGAUAGAUAGAUUCACCGUCGAGUAUGCGAGUUUUACGCGCGUAGAGUUUCGAGGGAACGUCGCGAAAUAUGGUGUGCCAGUUACAGGACACGAUCACUUAACGCGAUCGUCCGAUCGAUCGGAGGUAAUCGAUUGACGGCGCGCGUGCACCUCGCCGGUGGCUUGUUGGUUUCUUUUUUUUUUUUUCUUUUCUUUUCCCAUUGAAAAUGAAAUCGCUCGGCACGAGCGGACCGUCCGACGAGACGGUACGGUAACGACAGGAGGAGAAGGACGGAAUAAACGGCUAACGCCAGGAGAGAAAGGAGUCGGAAGGGGAGAAACACCAGCAGCGAGAAAAGGAUAGAGAGAAGAAGCCCCGAUAAUGAAGGAGCACGGAAGCAAACUUCCGGCGGAGCAGCCUGCGAAGAUUCUCAAGUCCCUGUUGAAAAAGCCCGGCCAAUCUAAGGCCAGGUCGCAGAAGAAUCGAGUGGUGAUCAACGAGAAACUCAACGAGUUCUUCGCGGCUGAUUACAUAAUAUUGAUAAAAGAGGAAUGCUGCACGGAUUACGAAGAGGACUGCGACUGUUGCUGCCAGGAGCACGAACUGAUGCAACUGGGGAAUUGCAAAGAGUGCAGAGCGGAGUUCAACCUACGGUUCGGCGUUUCGGAUAAUGGUCGAUACCACGAUGCGGAGAGAGACGAGGAGAUUAUGCACGGGAACACGGUGAGGGAGCAGGGUUGCGGCAGCGAGCGUUUCGAUUGCGUGGAGUUGCACGUGGAGGACGAGGAGGACGAAUACGAGGUAGAGGUGGACGACGACGAAGACGAGGAGGAGGAGGAAGAGGAGGAGCAGGAGGAGGAGGAGGAGGAGGAUGCCGAGGAAGAGGAACGAAGGGUAGAGGCGAACGAGCGUCGAUUGGAAGCGGAGAACGAAGAGAGAUUGGCGAAAGCGGAGACGAGGGCGAAAAAGAGACGCGAGAGAGCCGACGGAGAGAAUGGAAAUCGAAAGCGAACGAUCGAACCUAACUCGCGGGAAACGAGCACGUCCGUACAUUCUACAACUACAUCGCUACAUUCGUCACCGCCGCCGCCGCCGCCGCCACCUCCACCGCCGCCACCGCCACCGCCACCACCGCGGCUACCCGCAACUUUGGAUCAAACAUCCUCGCCGCUACCGCGCCAGGACCAUCAACACGAAACUCUCAGCCCGCCAGAGGGGUACAAAGAUGUUUACUCCAACGAUACAAAGACCGAAGGGGACUCGUCGUACGAUCAGGAGGUGACGGAGAUCGACGACGAUAAGGCAAAGAAAUCAAGCGACCAGUUGCAACGAACGACGUCCACCGAAGCACGCCACCGAUAUCUCGUGGAGACGAUAACCAUGACGACGGUCACGGAGCGGCGUAUCGUUCGCGAGAUCAGCGAAGAAGAGGAACGGGUCGUUCGACGGGAGGAUAUCGAUUCGUCGAACGAAAGGAGGAGCGACAGGAAAACUGUUUCCGAAAGGAUCGCGGCUUUCCAAAGCACGAUCAACGACGUCGCGGACUCCGUGGAAUGUAUGUCGCGAAACGAGGAAGCUCGACGUCUCUGCGCCGCGGAUGACCGCGAUGCGCAGCGAACGUUAUCUAGAAAGCUGGCAAGUGGCGCGGAGGAGGACUCCAUCGAGACCAGGUUGGCACAAAGCGAGACAGCGUCGGACGCGAAGGAACUCUCUCUUGUCUUCAAGCUGGCCAACUCUUCCCUGGCCAGCAACAGCCUGAAACCAAAUUCCGCCGUUAGACAACUGUUCCCGAAUCCAAAAUUCGUUUCGCCGCCUCCAGCGCCGCCUGGCAAGAUGAUCUCUUCGACGAACUCCAUCGACGAUUCGCAAGAGUGUCCGAGCCACCACGUGUCCACCGAGAGUCUGCGUUUAUUCGACACCGUGAAGAGAUCGAAGAUGUCGGAGAGCCAAAGCGCCGAUUCCUUCGACGAAGACUCGAAUCUGUUCAGAAGAACGAUCGAGAGAAACACGCUACGCAGGAGUCUCCUGGAUAAGUAUCGCUCGACCUCCAGGAAAAAGAAUCCACCCUUGAAGAACUUGUCUUUGGAGGAAAGAAUACGUCAGCUGACCUGCGUGGAUCAGGAGGAGGGCGACGCGUGUUCCAAUUCUACGGACGUUACCGAUUCGGUGGCGAUUGCCAGCGUCGACAGCGAUUUAUCGCGUGCCUCGACGUCGGAACAGGAAGUAGCUGCGAAAUCCGUUCCCCAAACCGUCCAAGUCGCCGAGACUCCAACGUCGGCGACACCUACGGCUACGGGAUACGGUGUACCGUCUGGAACAACCGCGAUACCACCGACAGCAGCAACGUCGUUCGCGGUAACCACGACGAUCGCGGCCUCGAAUUAUCACAAGCAAAACUCUUUGGGCGGUGGUGGCGCGGAUCACUCGCACAAUCAAUCGACCUAUAGAAAGCUGACGGAUCUGUUCGUGCACAAGAAAAGUUCCAACAUGCCAGACCUCGGUCUGGGGAACAAUGGGAAGAGCAAUAACGUCAAAGAGUGCCAACAAUCGAGAAACUCUGUAGUAAAAGCGAACAACUCGGACGCGCGUAGACAGUUCUUGGCGAGCUUGGCUCCGUUGUCCUGCGUGACUGUAAAUAGUACGGAUACUCAGGAAGACUACUAUCGUCACGAUUCGAGGAUGAUGGCUGGCGAGAAUCGUGAUUCAGCCGCGAAUUACAACGCAAUGUCGCCUUACAGUUUGGAGGAUAUAGAGGCAGCGUUGCGCGACGAAGAUCAAAGCUACGUAGGCGCGCCUGAUGUUACCAAAGGUACGCCGAUGGUCGUCAAUAGACCAGACAUAGGGGACAACAUGUCUGACGAGUUGCUGGCGUUCGUCGAACAGGACAAAUUCAGAACCGAGCGAAUAAAGCGUCGUUACAACGAGGUAGACGAUCACUACUUGCCAAAGAUGAAUAAUACAAGUAGCUACGUUGCAGAUAACAGACUGGACAGAGUCGUCGACGGGAAAAGCGACGGCGACGACGGUAGGCAGCAAUUCGGUGUCGCUCAUCGCGACGACGUCAAUAGCAAUCGCGUGAACAAUGAGAAUAAGAACCGCGGCGAAGUACAAUGCAACGCUGUCCACCGAUACGAUAACAAUAGAGCGAACAAAGACGAUCGAAACGGUGGCAACGACGACAACGACGACGAGGACGACGAGCUGAACGAUUACGGAUUCAAUCGCAGACCAUCGGUAACAGGUAUCAAACAGCGACUCUCCAAUAGCGCUUCCGACGAAACGUUUCAUCGAAUGGUUCUGGAAAACGACGAGACCGCUGCGCCUGGAUCAAACUUCCAAUCUCCGUUGCCGACCUACCAAGAAAAUAAUUGCGUCGGUAUGAUGUACGACGAAACGAUCGACGACUCCGUCUCGCAUUCCAUCGUCGGUAGCCUGGUUCCCAACGAACGAGACGCGAACACGAUCAACAGAAUAAACACCAUGCAGAAGCAGAUCGACGAUAUUUAUCAGACCAUCGUGGAGAACACAAACGUCGCCACUCAAAGCUCGUUGGAGCACGUGCCGUGCACGGACGAGACGUUCUCGCGACAGCAUGUGCAAAUACCGGCGAAUGACGGCACGUACCGCUUUUAUCAAGAGCAAAGAAACGGUCAGCAAUAUUUCCAAGAGCAACUGAACGGUGGUAACGCGCGUGGCCAGCGCGGCGUCGCAGCUGGCGCCGAAGAUAUCGACGGUGCCGGCAGAGACUACGGGACGACUGCUCUUCCAGCGAACACCCGACGCAGAGAGGCCGUCGUGACGACGCUCUCCAAUUAUCGCUGCAACGCGAUGCCCGCCGUGAACGCUCCGUUACCCAGUAACGGCAAGUGUUAUCGUACCAUGUACUUCGUCCCGUGCAACAGUCUCUCCGAUCCGACUUAUCAGAAUAUCCAGCGCAUUCUACCGUCGCAUCCAUCCCCCAGCUACGCGAGUCACAUCGAACGUUACCCGUACUCGUGCUCGAAUAAGAACGAUCAUCGGCCGCAAACGCAGCCGCAACCACUGCCUACGUCGCAACAGCAACAACAACUGAGAUACUAUCACCUGGGGAACCGUUCGUUGUCGCCGAUUUCGAAUCUGACGCAAAGCAAUCUCGCCUCGCCUGUUCCUACCGGUUCGAUCGGUCACUCGGUGCCCCUGGGCACCUCUCCCCCCUUCGACUCGCGCCUCGCCGCGAUAUCGCCCCCCAAUCCCAUAGCGUUACAACCAGCGCAGCAAACCUUGCAUCUUCAUCUCCACCAUCAUCAACAGCCUGAAGACAUUCGAAUCUCGGACGUAGCCUUCUCGCCCGUGCCCCAAACCGCAGCUCACUCGUUACAAGUCCACCAUCAUCAGCACCAACAUCAUCGACACCACCAUCAACCCACGUUCUAUCGAUUGCCGUCGACGAUCGCCGCGGCUCCACCCUCGUCAUCGUCCUCUUACACCGUGAUCGCACCCUCGAGAUGCGCAGCGUACGCUGGCAGCGGGCCACCGACCGCAGAGAACUCUUACAGAUUUUACCAGGUGCAUCUUGGACGCACCGUCGUCACACCUUCGUCCGAAUUGCAAUCGGCUCAAACGUUUCUGUCUUCUUCCUCCUCUACCUCGAUCGCCUCGUGCGCCACCACCUACUCCCCGUCGUUGCCAACCUCGUCCUCGUACGCGUCGCCCAUGUCUUCGUCUUUCUCCUCCCUGCCCACCGUCACGGUCGCGCCUCAGCAGACGUCCCCGCACGCGCUUCCAAAUCAUGUUUCCGAAUCUACGCGUGGAACUGUUCAAUCCGUUUCCACGCCUUGCACCUCCGCCGCGACCUUGUCCUCGUCCUCUUCCUCCUCCUCAUCUUCCUCCACUUGCUCCUUCUCCUCUUCGUCUUCGUCCUCCUGUUCCUCGUCGUCCUCGUUGCAGAUCCCUUGCUCGCCGUCGAAGCUGCAGCAACAAGUUCUCGGGCCCUACGCGGUCAUCGAGCGUGGCGUUCCUGAAGGAGCAGCCAGCGCUUCCUCUCACGACGUCCCGCAGCCAGCAAUUCUACUCGCGACUAAUCCUUACGCGCGCAAUCCCGCCGCGGUGUCCUUGCCACCUCACGCCCCGAAUUCGGUAUAUUACGCGAUGAACGUUUAAAUACGCGAGACGCGAUAACGCGUUUUCGUACGUUUCGUGUACCAAAGUAUUCCCCGAAGCGGGUGUUUACGUCUACGGCGCACACGUGUUCGUCUAUCGAAGCAUGGCCGUUCAUUCCGCUCGGGUAAACACAAUUCCACGCUAAACUUCCUAUCCACGUCUGCGCAGUCCCUCGCGUCACUUUGUUCCCCUCUACGUGCGGUAUUGUGUUUGAUGGGACGCGACGAAUACAUAAUGAGGUAUCAGCCGGCAUUCCUGUAUGUACGGAGGCGAAGCGGGGGAAGAUCUUUAACAAGGGAAGGGUCUGUACUUGGCAGACAUCGAUUCCGCUCGAAUUGACGUGGAAUUGUUAAUCUGCGUUCAGCUCUAUCUGAAACGUAAAUCGAGAUUGUAAUAUCUGCUGAAUCACCCUGUACAAUGGUACGAUUAACUGUAUUAUAAUUUUCUCUUAUGUCUGCCACUACGGACCCAAUUUUCGUAACCCCUGAACAUUGUGUUAGACGACACAGACUCUCGCGAUAACGACGAUAGUAAAAAGACGAUCAGUUGCGCGAUAUGGUAGCUCCUCGCUUUUAAGACCGAGUUUUUUUUUCCCGGUUGCAAGGCGCAAGAAUCUGAUACAAACGCGCGAUUUAAUUUUCUUUCAGCAAGAUGCGAACGAACUGCAUCGUUAUCCUGUCUGAGAAUAAGACAGAGUCUUCAGGUUGAACGGAUGAAAUUGAAUCUGUGUUCUAUUCUUCGUCUUAAAGCGGGGAAUUACGAUAUUCGUGACGAAACGCCCAUUGCGCGCAUCUUAAAAUUAAACGGAAUCGCGUGCGAUGUACAAAAUUGUAAACUCAGGGCCCGCGUUACGCCGCAAAGCAAACUGUUUCGUCGCGUGUCACGCCGACAACGUGCCGUUGUCAUCGAUUCUAGUCACGGUAAGAAUACGUAUGCUAAUAACCACAAGUAUAAACCAAAGUACGUUCAAGACGUUUAUGUAUGCGUGUAAGUAUAGCUGACGACGAUUAUUUACAAUUCAAGUUGAAUUACAUAAUUGCGGUGGAAUUGAUACAGUAAUUAGGAAUAUCAUGGCGAAAAAGAAGAGGUGCAAUGUAUCGCGAACCAGAGACAUUUUAUUUCGAUUAUCGUAACGUUUCGUACGAAGCAAAUUAUUUUUGAUUGUUUCGUUUAAGGGUCGGUAAAAAAAGAAAAAAAAAAAAAGAAAAAAUGGGGGGCCCGUAUUUUCUUGAAUUUUCGUGGUUUACGUUUGCGCAAUGACAUCCUGCCGUCGCCUCUUCCGUUUCCUCUAAUCGCUCCUCUUUUUUCCGUCUUAUGCUUACGAGAGAAAGACUAAUGUUCGAGGAACCUAUCGUUGUAAACGGCAGUACAACGAAAAAGGCGAUAAAAGAAACGAAGAGACAAUUGGAACGAUAGGUGACACAGUUAAACAGUAUUCCGUAUUUUUUGUAUUACGAAAACAAUACAAGUGUUCAAAUGCGAGACUAAAUGCGAGACACGAUCAUUUCUCGUGCGAAGUAGUUGAUAUUAGUUUGCCCUCUCUAUAUUUGAAACGUACGGAUAGUGUACGCGAGUCGCGUAUGCCGCUUCGUCUUUCGCGAGAAGCGAAAGCGUAGAGUACACGUUCGUUUCACGAAAAAGAGUAUCAGACGAGUGAACGACGAGUCGAUUUGGGCGUGUGCAUUAUCCAGAUACAUGUGUAACGACAGUGUAUCGCAAUCGGUACUGUAGCGACUUAAAUAUAGAAGUGAAGUAUCAACGUGUUAGAGUAGAAGGUAAGGUAACAUUCGAUAUCGUACAACGAUAUUCGAAUGCGAUCAAUUUCAAUCCAAAGUUAGGUACCAAACAUUCAUGGUAAUAAACGGCCAAAUUUAAGAACAAGUUUUACAUGUACUAUACUUUACGUAAUUAUUCAACGAUAUCACCGUGAAAAAAAGCGAAUGUAAAUAAAGCUUUAACCACACCAUCGUGUUGAUUUUUUUUUACAAGUAUCCGCAAAA